GAGGCGCGGCCGGAGGAGGGAGAGAGGGUGGCAGACAGACAGCCCCGGCACCGCCUCCCCCUCCCCGGAUCCCGGACACGGCGGCGGCUGGAGUCAGAGGAGUGCCAGCACUGAGCACAGGAGGCCCCCGACCGCACACACCAUCCCAGCGGCUGCCCCUCCGCCAUCACCGCCGCAGCAGCCAUGUGCUCCACGCCGGGCCCCUCCUGCCCUCCACUGCACGGCAACCAACUCUCUGUCCACCCCGGGCUCCGCUCCCUGUCCGCCGCUGCCCCCGCAGGUGGUGCCAAGCUCACCCACCCUGGCAAAGCCAUCAUGGCAGGUGGGAUCGCUGGAGGUAUAGAAAUCUGCAUCACAUUCCCCACUGAAUAUGUUAAGACACAGCUACAGCUUGAUGAGAAGGCAAAUCCACCAAGGUACCGGGGCAUAGCUGACUGUGUGAAGCAAACUGUAGAUGGACAUGGUGUCAAAGGGCUGUACCGGGGGCUCAGUUCACUGCUGUAUGGUUCCAUUCCUAAGGCAGCAGUCAGGUUUGGGAUGUUUGAGUUUCUCAGUAAUCACAUGCGGGAUGCUGAUGGGAAGCUGGACAAUAAACGUAGUUUGCUGUGCGGUCUUGGUGCUGGUGUGGCCGAGGCUGUUGUUGUGGUCUGUCCCAUGGAGACGGUUAAGGUGAAGUUUAUACAUGAUCAGUGCUCACCUAACCCUAAAUACCGAGGUUUUUUCCAUGGAGUACGGGAAAUUAUUAGACAGCAAGGUAUAAAGGGAACUUAUCAAGGUCUUACAGCCACUGUCCUUAAACAAGGUUCCAACCAGGCUAUACGCUUCUAUGUCAUGACAUCAAUGAGGAACUGGUACAGAGGUGACAACCCCAACAAACCUAUGAAUCCAUUAGUGACUGGGGCUUUUGGAGCUAUUGCUGGUGCAGCCAGUGUGUUUGGCAAUACACCAUUGGAUGUAGUGAAGACCAGAAUGCAGGGACUAGAGGCUCAUAAGUAUAAAAGCACCGUGGAUUGUGCUUACAAGAUACUCAAAUACGAGGGACCCAAAGCGUUUUACAAGGGGACAGUGCCCCGUCUUGGACGUGUAUGUCUUGAUGUGGCCAUUGUCUUUAUUAUUUAUGAUGAGGUGGUGAAGAUUUUGAACAAGGUCUGGAAGACGGACUAAGACAUUCCUGUGGAAUUGUCCAUAACAGAAAAAGA